AUGGAUCUCUUUUGGUAUAACGCGGAACACCGUCUCUGGAUAUCCGUCGCCAAGGAAGUGUGGAAGGCGACCCCGUUCGACCCCCUCAUAGAACCGUUCCGGCCACCGGCCCCGGAGUCUCGGCCUAUCGUCGGAUUAUCCAUCCACGAUAGCUAUGCCUGCCCUGAUUGCGAUUCGUAUAUCGCCCGAACACUUAAGACUAUCCAGGCCUAUCUCUUUAAGGCUUAUGGCCGGCGAGGCUAUCGCGGGCGACCCCAGGAGACAGACCGACCCGGUACCCCGGUCAAACCGGUGAGCUGCCAGCGCCUCUUUAAGGCGGGCAAGGCUUCUCAUUUUUUUGUCGUUACGCUAGAAGCCCGGGCACGCCGAGCCAGUCAGGUACUUCGCAUGACCGAGGCGGAAUUCGUUCAGUCCUAG